AUUGGCUAAGCUCGUUCUUCACUUCUUGUUCUCCACUUGAAGAAAGGACUUGAGAGCCAUGAAGGUCCUCAUCCUCGCCUGCCUCGUGGCCCUUGCUCUUGCAUGGGAGAAGAAAGAAGUCAGUGUAUCCAGUGAGACUGUAGAAACCAUUUCCAGCAGUGAGGAAUUCAUUACCCACAUCAAUAAGAAAUCUAAGCAGUUUGAAAAUGAGAAACAACAACGAAGAAAGGAUGAACGCCAGGACAAAAUCCACGCCUUUGUUCAGCCACAGCCUCUUUUCUAUCCUAAUGCUGAGCCCAUCCCUUACACUGUCCUUCCACAAAACAUCCUGCCCCUUGCUCAGCCCGCUAUGAUGCUGCCUCUCCUUCAGCCUGAAGUGAUGGAAGUCCCCAAUACUAAGGAGACCAUCAUUCCUAAGCGCAAUAUGAUGCAAUUGCCUAAAUCUCCAGUAAUGCCAUUUCUUCAGCUCCAGAUCCCAAACCUCAAUGAUCUCAAAGCACAGCUCCCUCUGCCUCUGCUCCAGCCCUGGAUGCCCCAGAUCCCCCAGCCUGUUUUUCAGACUCCCAUGCUUCCCACUCAGCGCCUGGUCACCCUUCCUCAGACCAAAGUCCUGCCUCUUCCCCAGCAAGUGCUGGCCCACCCCCAGAAAGCUAUGCCUGCCCAAGCCUUUAUGCUGAACCAAGAGCUUCUGGUUGACCCUACCCAGGCAUUCUAUCCCAUGACUCAACCUAUUGUCCCAGCUUACAACUUCCAACAAGUUUAAGAGGAUUUCAAAGUUAAUGUUUGCCCCUCAUAUUUGAAUUGACUGCGACUGGAAAUGUGGCAUCUUUUCAAUCUUUGUAUACUGCUAUCUAAAAAAUUAACAUUUUCAAUGACUUGACAUGCAAAAUGCAUAACCCUAUCAAUAAUAUGUAUUCAAGUCAUUUCUGGAAUUGUACUAAUUAUUACUAUUUCCUAAACAUUCAUUUCAAUAAAUUAGUUCUUUAUGCAUAUUAAGCUUUCCUGUCUUUAUUAUAAAUUUUUAAACAUAAUUGGUUUAAUGUUAACUUUAGAUUAUUACUGUUAAAAAUAGCCAUGGAAGAUUGAAAUUAAAUGUAACGGUUUGAAGUAAGUAUUAAAAUAUGUUAAAAACUAGAGGGAAAAGAUAAUCAUAUGCUGGGUUUGCUCUAAAAAGACUUGGUUAUUCCCAUAGUCACUGUUUAACUACUACACCUGUGCCUUUCAUCCUUCACAGUACUCAACAUGAGUUGUCAGAUUCUAUGGUCACCCUAGAAAAAAAGAUUCAAAUGUGAAAUCUGAUUCACAGCUCUGCAACAUAGCAGCUAAGUUGUGCUUUGAAAGUUACUUGAUCUUUUAGAGCUUCAAUUUCCACAUCUACAUAAGAGCCAAUUCAAAGGAUUUUUUUGAAGUUUGAAUGUGAUUAGUGGACUGCACUAUACAUGAUAAGUGUAUCUUGUUGCUCCAUAUUGCUGAUUUGACUUAUAUCAGAGCAGCAAUGGCUAAUACCACAAUCAGUAAGAGGUGGGUUAUGUGAUUUUUGCCAGUAAUGUAAGAACCAAAAAUGUACAGAAAGCUCAGAUAUUCAUCCUCACUGAGUGUGUAGUAAUUGUUUCAUUGUAAUGAAUUAUUCCUCUACCAACUCCUUCACUGCACACUCAGGUCUGUCCACUUGAGUGUACACAAUGAUUCAUCUCUAGCAAUCAUUCCCUCUUUGCUUCAUCCUCAAUGUUUUCCUAGCCUUCAAGAUCAAAUGCAAACCAAACAUGUAUUCUCUCCAUCAAGUGUCUGCCCUUACUGAAACCACUUAUUUUUUUCAAGAUCUCCAACAACUUUAUUUUUUCAUUGUGUUUACUGUAAUUGA